GCCUGCGCCCAGCUUUUCCGUUGCCUCCCAGCGUCCCUUGGUUGACAGCGUCUGGGUAAGGCGACCCAUGGGGAGUGGGAGCCCGAAAGCUGGGGCAGGGGAGAUCCUCCUUGUCUCCGCGUUUCCCAGAGGUCAGCGUCCUUGGAGGCUGGACUUCCCAGGACACAGUUGUUCUCCAAGGGAAGAGAAGGCAAGAAAUGACUGUUGAACUAAUGAAAGCCAUGUUACAGGACUCAGUGACCUUCACAGACGUGGCCGUAGACUUCUCCCAGGAGGAAUGGGAGCGGCUGAGUCCUGCUCAGAGGAGUCUGUACAGGACUGUGGUGCUGGAGAACUACUGGAACUUGGUCUCAGUGGGAGCUUGCAUUUCUAAGCCGCAUCUGAUCUUGUUGCUGGAGCAUGGGAAGGAACCUUGGGAGGCAGAGGGGGAGAAGACAAGAACAUUGCAAGAUGGAGACUCUGUACACAAGACACAAGAAUUAUCUCUGAAGCAAUUUGUGUUUGAUAAUGUAUCAAUGGAGAAAAUUUCAAGUUUUGGUCUUGAGUGUCCCUCUUCUGGAAAAAAGUGGAAAUGUAAAGACCUUUUCAAUAGACGAAUGAUGAAUCAAGAAAUAUUAUUUAACAUGAAAGAAACAGUCACGCGUGAAGAAACUCACACUAAAGGAAUAAGCUACAAAUACUCCAACCCUUCAAAAUCUCUCCAUCUGGACAACGUGUAUAGUCACAAGUCAAAUAAGAAAAGCCUCUCCAAAAAUUCCAAGGUGCGGAAAUACAAGAAGAUCUGGGCAGGGAAGAACAUUUUCAAAUGUAACGACUGUGAGAAAACCUUCACCCAUAGCUCAUCUGUCACUGUUCACCAGAGAAUUCACACGGGGGAGAAACCAUACAAGUGCACAGUGUGUGGGAAAGCCUUCAAGCAGAGCCACCACCUGGCCCAGCAUCACACAACACACACGCACGAGAAACUCUUUGAGUGCAAGGAGUGUAAGAAAGCCUUCAGCCAGAAUUCAUACCUCAUUGUGCAUCAGAGAAUUCAUACCGGAGAAAAACCAUAUAAGUGUAAGGAAUGUACGAAGUCCUUCAGGCAGCCGGCACACCUGGCUCAGCAUCAGAGGAUCCACACCGGGGAGAAGCCCUACAAAUGUAAGGAAUGUGGGAAGGCCUUCAGGGAUAGUUCUACCUUUGCUCAACAUCAGAGCUGUCACAACGACAAGCGGCCCUUCCAGUGUGUUGACUGCGGUCAAGCCUUCAGGUAUAACAUGUCCCUUACUCGACACUUUAGGCAUUACCACACUGGAGAGAAGCCGUUUGAUUGCACUGAUUGCGGGAAAGUCUUCAGUGUUCACAUCGGACUGACUUUGCACAGGAGAAUUCACACUGGAGAGAAACCUUACAAAUGUACCGUGUGUGGGAAAGCCUUCCGCAGUGGGUCUUCCCUGUCUGUCCACCACAGAAUCCACACAGGCGAGAAGCCUUACAAAUGUGAUGUUUGUGGGAAAGCCUUCAGCCACAGCAUGUCACUCACUGGCCAUCAAAGAGUGCAUUCUGGAGAGAAACCUUAUAAAUGUAAGGAGUGUGGGAAAGCUUUUCGGCAGAGUAUACAUCUUGUUGUUCAUUCAAGAAUUCAUACUGGAGAAAAACCCUACGAAUGUAAGGAAUGCGGGAAAGCUUUUCGAGAAAGUUCACAGCUGACCACUCAUCAGAGAAAUCACACAGGAGAAAAACCUUUUGAAUGUAAGCAGUGUGGGAAGUUUUUCAAAAGAAGUACCUAUCUUGCCAGACAUCAGAAAAUCCAUACAGGAGAGAAGCCUUAUGAAUGUAAAGACUGUGGGAAAACCUUCACUCAUGCUGCCUACCUUCUAAGACAUAAGAGAGUUCAUACUGGAGAGAAGCCUUACAAGUGUAGCGACUGUGGAAAGGCCUUUGGGGAUGGCUCGUCCCGCGCUCAGCAUCAGAGACUUCACACAGGUCAGAGGCCCUAUGUAUGUGAUAGGUGUGGAAAGGCAUUCAGAACCAAGUCAUCCCUUAAUUGUCACCAAAGAUGUCAUACUGGAAAGAAACCUUAAAACUGUAUCCCCUCUGGAAAACCCUUUAGCCAGUGACAAAUCUUUACCAUUCAUCAGAGAAUUUAACUUUCAACCAGAUACGGGGAAGAAUUCACACAGGUAAGAAAGCUCUUAGGAAUGCGAGGACUGUGGAGAAGUCCUCGUCCUCGGGCAGGGUUCUUAAAAUGUCUGUCAUUGGCGAGUUCUCCAUGCAGAGGCAUCUCAGGCAUUCCUCAGUGUCACCAAGUCCUGUGUAUACACCUGCUAAGUAUUUCCAUUUAUUUUUGUUCCUGUUACCAUAUUCCAAAAUACAAUUGUUUUACUUGGACUUUUCCAAAUGUCUGUGAUUGGUAUUGUUUUCUUCAAGUUUAUUAUUCAUUUUA